CAUUCCAGAAGAAAGGAAAAUGGAAGAUGGUAUCCUUACUGAUGCAAGAAAAUGGCGCCUUUGUUUCGCCACAGCAGUGCGAGGACAAGUUCAAUGACCUGAACAAAAGAUACAAGAGGUUGAACGAUAUCCUUGGUCCCGGGACCUCCUGCAUUGUCGUCAAUGAUCCUGCAAGCUUGGAGUCGAUGCCCAUCUCCAAAAAGCAAAGAGCGACGUGAGAAAGAUCCUGAGCUCGAAACAUCUUUUUUACAAGGAGAUGUGCGCGUACCACAGCGGCCAGAAAAUACCUGAUUGUCCUGAUAUCAAUUUGCAGAGCUGUUCGCUACCACACGUCACAUUGUCGAAAGAUGGCAAUCAGUGUGUUGAUGGGGAGGGGGAGGAGGACGAGGAUGAGGCAGAUCAUGAUGAAGGGGAUGAAGAAGAGGGGAGCGAAGAGGUUGAGAGAGGGGGAUUUGAGAGUUUCCUUGCUGAAAUCGAUGCAGUCCUUCAGGACCCGACGAGAUCACCAUUAGAACAGCGGAAGUGGUUGAGGAUGCGGGCAUUGCAACUCGAGGAGGAGAGAUUGGACAUUGAGACUGAAGCUCUGGCAAUAGAGAGGCAGAGGUUCAAGUGGCAGAGGUUCAGCAGCAAGAAGGAUAGGGAGAUCGAGAGAUCGAGGCUGGAGAAUGAAAGACUGAUGCUUGAGAACGAGCGAAUGAGGAUGCAGGCAAGGCAGAAGGAGUUGGAGCUGCAUUUCAAGAGGUCUGGAGACUCGUUAGAGUCUGCUGGUUUUGGGACAGAGGAAGAGCAAGGACGGGAGCAGAUGGAGUUUGGAAGGGUCCAUUAAGAUUUUGUCCUUGAGACUAACCAUUGGCAUUUCUAAAGCAUUGAUCGUCACCUUUGUUGUUGAGGUUUCUUCUGUACAGCUGGGGAGGUAUUAUUGGUAGGCUAUACUUCAUGUGGCUUUCUCUGAAUUCACCAUGUGGACUUCUUCAAUUACUGUAGAUGUAAGUUAUAACUUGAGAUGAUCAUAUCUUAUGAUGUGUUAAACAAGGAUUGCUUGCGUUCGAUAUGUCUGGAUAAGGC